GGCCAUGCAGGACGGUGCUAGUAGUGGGGCGGAUUACCGCACAGUCAUUUCGGGAUGAAGCUUCCAUUCAAAUCAGUGAAGGCUUCGGUGCUGCGCUAUACAUGGGCGAGUCUUGUGCACCUGUGCACGUACCCAAAGGGUCAGUUUACACUGCAGAAUACCCACCCACAGAAAUUCCAGGGGAAUACAAAACCUUCCUGGUGUCUGAUCUCACCUGUCGCACUAAUACCUGCAACAUGGCACCAACGGGAUGCUGCAACUGGGACUGCAUGUCCAGCCUCAUUUUCACCCGUGAAUGUCGAUGUCAGUAAGCUUAUCCUGGCCGUAAAAUUGUAUGCUGACCAUGAUUGGAAAGGAAAGACCAAGACAUUAUCUUCCUACUUUUACAAAUGUCUUGACACCUGAUCGGAUUCCUGAAUUUUGUAUACCUCCCAGACACCAAAGUCAGAAAGAGCUAAGUCCUCAGUACUUGUCCAUUCCUGACCUCAGCACGUCAGUGUUUGAAGCAAUAAGACCAAUUUUAUUUGACACUCAUACCAUUCAAGUACACAGUGUAGAAGAUACUCUUGAGGAGGAGAAUACUAAUGCAGAUCCCCAGUCACAGGCUGCUUUGUCAUUGCCCCAUCUUCCAAAAACACAAACCUGCUAUGGUUUUUGUACCUUGCUGGAAAGCCCUAAUACAAGAAGAAAAGAGUCACUAUUUCACAAUGACCCUGCUAAUCCACCCAUUUUGCUACCUCGAUCUCGCUCUAAUACUAUAUCUUAUAAAGGAAUUUCCUCUGCAGACUGCUACAGCACUGCAAAUUUAAGACCUCUUAAGCGGUCUGGGACUUUAGAUAGUGACACAACAUCGUCUACUGACUCCUCUCCUUUUAGCUCCCCUCUGCUGCAAAGAUCUCUCCCAAUGGCACUGUUAAAAGCUUUUAACCAGGACAAUAAAUUGUCCAGGGCAUUAAAGGUUGGCUACAAAUCUUCUGCUCUUAGGAACAGUUCAGUUUCUACUGAUGAGGAUAGCUCAACAGACAGUAGCCCAUGUGUCACAAGAAGAGCAUCCCAAGAGUGGGCAUAUCACUCUCCUGCAUAUCCCAACACUGGUCUGCUAUUGUCACCUGGGCAAUUCCCUAUAGAUAACACUGUAACUCUAGACACAGGAGGAAUCUUAAGGCUUUCCACUGAAUAUCGACCUGAAAACCUGAGACUCCGUAUUCGUAUUGUCAGUGCAGAAGGACUGUACAAACAGUCUGUAGAUCCCAAAAAUAUCAGCUGCUACAUUUCAAUAUCAUUAGUACCUGGCAAAAAUCAAAAGCAAAGAAGCACACUGAUCCGUGGAAGCCGGAACCCAAUCUUCAAUGAAGAUUUCUUUUUUGAUGGGUUAGAGCCUCAAGAUCUUUUCCAGAAAACUCUGAAGAUAAAAGUGCUAAAUAAAGGAUAUGGUGUAAGAAGAGAAAAUAUUUUGGGGAAGAGCAAACUCCAUCUUCUUAAUGCUUUAGUGCUUUAAGACAUCUUAUUUAGUUUGCACCCAACUUAAAUAAAA